AGGAUCUCUCUUGUUUCUAGCCGCCAGUACGCUGUUGCGAGUUUCGAUUCUUCUGCACGAUGCCUCCCAAAGCUUCCAAGAAGGAAGUUGCCAAAGCACAAAAGAAGGUCAUUGAGGACAAGACCUUCGGUUUGAAGAACAAGAACAAAUCCAAAGUUGUCCAGAAUUUCGUUCAGCAAGUUACCCAAAACGCGAAACGUGCAGGUUUGUCAAAGGAUGAGGCCGUGCGGAAAGAGAAGGAGAAAGAAGAGAGAACGAACAGAAAGGCUGAAAAGGAGGCGAGAGAUGCCGAGCUUCGAAUGCUUUUCGCCCCAGCUGUGAAGAAGAAGGAGAAGGAAGCUGCUGUUGCGAAGAAAGAUGAAGCUCCCAAGGAGGAGGAGACCGAGAUGAUUUCUGCCCAGGAUGCCUACAAUGAGGCCAAGAGAAACGAAGAUCUCGCCAAGGCCGAAGCCGUUCUUGGAGAGCAGAAGGAUGAUGACAUAUACGAUGCCAUCGAGCGCGAGAGAGCCGAACUGAGGAAGCGAGGAAAUUUAACACCUGUAACCUACGACAACUUCGUGGCGUGGAAAGCACGAAAGGCAGAAGAAAGGAAGCAGAAGGAUAUUGCAGAGGCCAAGAAGAUGCUCGCAGCUGCAAAGCAGAUCAAAGGGAAGAGUGGGAAAGACCUGUUCAAUCAGCUUGCGGCAGCGAAUGCGGAUCUGUUCUUGGAUGAUGAUGAGGCUGAUGACGAUUGGAUGAUAAGGGAGAAAGAUUCUGAUGAUGAGGAAGAGGUUUACGACAUUCAAGUCACUGGAACUUCCUUCUCAUUGCAAAAGGUCAACAAGGGUGGGCCAAGCGCACAGGCAGAGUCAAAGGAGGAUCAAAAGGACAACGCUACUGCUGGUGAAACAGAGUUGGCUGCUGCAGUUGACGCAUCGUUGUUCCUCGAUGAAGACGUGGAUUUGCCCUCUGACGACGACUGA